GAAUGUGUUGAAUAAAUUAGUUACCAAUCAUAUUGUUUAAUGUUUAUGUGUUUUACAUACUCUUGAAAUUGAUGUUAAAUUGUUAAUUAUGAUACUAAUUAUGUAUGUUUGUGUGUUAUACAUAAAUUUAGGUUUUAUUUAAAUUUAGAUAUUGAGAAAUUUAAAUUGAAUUUUAUACACAAACUAUUAAGUUAAUUUAAUUGUUAAGUUAAUUCCUAAUCUACUAAACCCUCUUAAUUUUUUUCAAGAAAAGAAGAAAUCAUAAUACAAUAAAGGAGAAUAUUGUGGAAUGCUUAUUUAGUAUACUUCUAGUAUUCCACAACCAAACAAAAGUUCAAAAAUAAAACAAUAACAGAAAGAAAAUUGUACCAAUAAAGAGCACUCUCACUGCCCAAGAACGAGUAAAACCCCAACUCCACAUAGAAAAUUACUUCAUUGAAAACAGUAGAAUCAAAACAACAAAUAAAUUCUAAUUAAAUGUGAAUUACUAAUAGUAGGUAACCUUUUAUAUUUUAAUUAGAAUAUACUGUAUAAUUUUGGUAGGCCACUGACGAAUUUAUGUCAAGUACAUAAGAAACUUAAAUAGUUAAAUUGAUAGUCUUUGAUGAAUGUGUAAUUGAUUUUGAUAUUUUAUUUGUUUAUUUAAAUAGGAAUUACAAUAAUGAUCGACAAAUAUUUUACCAAACUACCAAAAAAUUCAGAACCUUUAAAUUCAAAGCCAAAGGAGAAAGUUGCUUUUGUUGAGAAAGAAAGUCUUGCAUCAGAUGAUGAUAUUAUUGGUGAUCCUGGACUGCGAAAACCAAUUGAUAGUUACCCAUUUGAAAUUAGAGAUUCAUUGAGGAGAAGAUACUUAGCUAAAGGCCCUUGUCAACCAGUUGGGCAUGAAUUUCCAUUCACUCUUAUUCGCGAAAAGAAUCGAAGGUUUCAAGUUGCUUGGUUCAAGGAUUAUGAAUGGUUAGAGUAUAGUGUAUCUAAAGACAAAGCUUAUUGUUUAUAUUGUUAUUUGUUUGCAAAUAACAAUAGAAGUGGGGGAAAUGUUUUUACUGAGAUUGGUUUUAAUAACUGGAAAGAUGGAAGACGUGCAUUUGUCAAUCAUGAAGGAAGUCCUGGUAGCUCACAUAGUGGUUGUAGAAUGAAGGUCGGGCAAUAUCGUAAUCAAAGAGGGAAUGUGAAUCAGCUAUUGGCAAGACAAACUGCUGCUAUGGAAGAUGAUUAUCGCACUCGAUUGUCAACGGUUGUAAGUGUUGCUCGAAUACUUUUAGAGGAAGGUUUGCCUUUUAGAGGACAUGAUGAAUCUGCAGAGUCACUCCACCAAGGUAAUUUUCUAGAACAUAUUAGUUGGGUAUGCAAGCGAGAAGAAAAUGUAAAUAAAGUGAUGGGAAAGAAUGCUCCAGGAAAUAAUCAAUUGACUUCUCCUACGAUUCAAAGGGAUAUUAUUGAAUGUUGUGCAAUGGAAACGAGAAAGAUCAUAUUGAAUGAGCUAGGGGAGAAGAAGUUUGUUCUUUUGGUUGAUGAAGCCCGAGAUUGUUCAGUAAAGGAGCAAAUGUCUUUGGUGUUGAGAUUUGUUAAUGACAAAGGAAUGGUUUUGGAACGUUUUCUUGGAUUGGUUCAUGUGAAUGAGACUUCUGCAAAAGUUCUAAAAAAUGUUAUUGAUACUUUUUUUGCCAAGCAUGAUUUAUCACUUGCAAAACUCAGAGGGCAAGGUUACGAUGGAGCUGCAAACAUGAGCGGUGAAUUUAAUGGGUUAAAAACACUCAUUCUAAAAGAAAACAAAAAUGCACAUUAUAUUCAUUGUUUUGCCCACCAACUUCAGUUAGUUGUUGUGACUGCUUCACAUGAAUCAGAGAGUGUAGGUGAUUUCUUUGAAACAUUGUCAAUGAUAGUGAAUACAAUUGGAGCUUCGUGCAAAAGAAAGGAUACUCUUCGAGAAAUACACAAUGAGGAAGUGUUGAAUCAAGUGGAGAUGGGUGAGAUUUCAACUGGAAGAGGUCAGAAUCAAGAAAUAAGUUUAGCUCGGCCUGGUGAUACACGUUGGGGUUCUCACUACACAACAAUAGUUAGACUUUUUGACAUGUGGAAUUCAGUUGAAAGAGUGUUGUUGGCAAUAAACAAACUAGGUGAAAGUCUUAAAAUCCGACAGUCUGCUGGGGGUGUAUUUGAUAAGAUGGAUUGUUUUCAAUUUGUUUUCAUUGGAAAGUUCAUGAUGAAGAUUUUGGGAAUUACAAAUACCCUAUCAAAGAUUCUGCAAGCAAGAGAUCAAAAUAUAGGAUAUGCACUCAAUAUGAUUAAUGUUGUGAAAAAUAAGUUGCAAGAAUUGAGGGAAGAUGAUUGGGAUAAUUUAUUGAAAGAAGUAACUGAAUUUUGUGAAGGACAUUCUAUUGAUGUGCCUAAUAUGGAGAAUUUUGUUCAUGGUCGAUCUCGAAAAAGGCUUAAGGGUGGAGAACCAAUGACAUAUCUUCAUCAUUUUCGGAUCGAUAUCUUCAUAAAGGUAAUUGAUGUUAUUGCAAUGGAAAUGGAUAAACACUUCACUGAGGCAAAUACAGAGCUACUUAGAUGUGUGAUGUGUUUGGAUCCUUCAAAUUCUUUUGCAAAUUUUGAUCAUGUCCGCUUAUUGCAACUAGCUAAGUUGUAUUCAGAUGAUUUUAGUUCCACUGAUAUAAUUGAGCUUGACCAUCAACUUCAAAAUUAUAUCUGUGAUAUGAGAUCAAAUGAGAUAUUCUCAAAUAUUUCCAAUCUUGGAGAUCUUGCAAAGAAGAUGGUGGAGAUAAAUUACCACACUUAUUUCCCUUUAGUCUACCGACUAAUCGAGUUAGCUUUGAUAUUGCCGGUUGGAACAGCUAGUGUGGAAAGAACUUUUUCGGCGAUGAAUGUGGUGAAGACUGAUUUACGCAACCGAUUAGGAGAUGACUUACUAUCAGACUGUUUGGUGUGUUACUUUGAGAAAGAAAUUUUUAGAAGUAUCGAUGAUGAAGUGAUUAUGCAAUCUUUUCAAAACUUGGCGUCUAGAAGAAACCAAUUGCGACCACUAAAAAUUCGUCGACCAAAUCCUUGUUAGAUGUAUAAAUAAUAGAUUUAUUUUGUUCGGUGAAAAAUAUUGGAUUUGUUAUCUAUAAAAUUAUAUUGGAUCUAUUGUGUUGGAUAAACAUGUUAAAUCAUUUGGAAAAUGUCCAUA